CAAGUAAAGUAUAAAGUCUCUGGCCAGCGUAGGCUCUGUACCAUUUGUCUUUACAAAUCAAACAAAAAUGUUCAAAUUAUUCAUCUUUGCCUGCUUCCUCGCUCUCGCCGCGGCCGAGCCCAAGCCCGGCGUCUUCGUCGGAGGCUACGCAGCGCCCAUAGCUGCCGCGUAUACCGCGCCGGUAGCUGCUGCGUACACCGCGCCCGUCGCCUACUCUGCCUACAGCGCGCCUUUGGCUGCCUACUCCGCCUACAGCUACGCGUCUCCUUACUCUUACUACCUGCGCCGUUAAUUUCUAUGGACUUCAAGUAAUUCACAUAAUGGGACUGGAAUAUAAUUUGGACUUAGCAAAAUCCAUUUGCGAUCACGGAAAUGUAUCAAGCUAUCGAAAUUGAAAAUAAUUAGUAAAAAUAAAAGAUUUUUUUAAA